AUGACAUUAAUGAAUCAUCAUCAUCAACAACAAUAUAUUCCACCAUCAUGGUCAACAGCAGAAAAUAAUACACGAUUUCUUUCAAUUGAUUCUCAACAACAACAACAACAACAACAACAACAACAUCAACAACAACAUCAUCAUCAUCAUUGUCGUCCAACAUUUUCAAAUGAAACAACUAAUAAUCAUUAUAAUAGUAUAUCAUCACAUAUUCAACCAAAAUUAGAACCAAAUAAUAUAAUAACAAAUGGUAAUAAUGAAACAAUUAUUGAUGAUCAACAUACAGAUACACAUUCAUCAAUAAUAAAUGAUAAACAAACAGUUGAAUGUGUUGUAUGUGGAGAUAAAUCAAGUGGAAAACAUUAUGGACAAUAUACAUGUGAAGGUUGUAAAUCAUUUUUUAAACGUUCAGUUAGACGUAAUCUUAAUUAUACAUGUCGUGGAAAUCGAAAAUGUCCUAUUGAUACUCAUCAUCGUAAUCAAUGUCAAUAUUGUCGAUUUUCUCGUUGUUUAAAAAUGGGCAUGAGGCGUGAAGCUGUUCAACGUGGUCGUGUUCCAUCCGUAGCAAAUACUUAUGGACAUUUUACAUUUCCACCUGAUGCACAUAAUUAUUUAAAUAAUUAUAUCUCACAUUUAGUUCGUGCUGAACCAUAUUCAUUUAUCUCAAAUCGUUUACAACAAUCAUCAUCAUCAUCAACACCAGCAGCAGGUAGUUCAUCAAAUUCAAAUUCAUCAAUAUCAUCAGAUAAUAAUUCAAAUAUAAUAUCAAUGGAUAAUGCAUGUGAAUUAGCAGCAAGUCUUCUAUUUGGUGCUGUUGAAUGGGCACGUAAUAUACCUUUUUUUCGAGAAUUAACAUUAAAUGAUCAAUGUUUAUUAUUACAAGUAACAUGGAAUGAAUUAUUUUUAUUAAAUGCAAGUCAAUGUAAUAUUCCUAUACAAGCCACACAAUUAUUAAUAUUAAAUGGUAUACAUACAAAUACAAUUGAUACAGAUAAAGUUCAAACAUAUUUAGAUCAAACAAGAAAAUUUCAAGAACAAGUAGAAAAAUUUAAAGUAAUGCAUUUAGAUCAUGCAGAAUAUUCAUGUUUAAAAGCAAUUAUUCUUUUUACGCCAGAUGCACCGGGUUUAUCUGAUCCAGGACAUAUUGAUAAUUUACAAGAAAAAUCAGUUCUUGCAUUAGAAGAAUAUAUUAAAAGUCAAUAUCCGUCACAUAUGAAUCGUUUUGGUAAAUUACUUCUUCGUUUACCAUCAUUAAAAUUAGUUAGUGCACAUGUUAUAAAAGAAAUUUUUUUUGUACGUUUGGUUGGUAAAACACCAAUUGAAUCACUUAUACGAGAUAUGUUGUUAACAAAUAAUACAAUUCCAAAUGGAACAGUUUCAACAACAACCACAACAACAACAACAACACCAGCAUCAACAACAACGCCUGCUUUUAAUAUUAAUGCAACUCAAGUAUCCAAUCAAUAUUCAAUAUUUCCACAGUAA